UCGCGCAACGGUCGGCACUUCAGUCGUCGUCAAGCGCUCGGAAGGUUUGUUUCGUUGAUGUGCAAUCGACCUCGAUCUUUGUUGACGAUUAGUUUUCCUCGAAAUAUUGUGACUAUGAGUGCUCAGUAGUGUACAGAUAAACUUGUGUGUUGUAUGCGUGCGAUUUAUUGUAUAUAUUGUGCUGGUUUUCUGUGAUUUUCAAACUUUAGAAAGUUCUUGACGGACCAACCAACAAUGGGCGGCAACAGUAUAGGAGUGUUCCAAGUGGUUUUAAUCUUCGCUGUUAUAUCAGGUUGCACGUGUGUAGAGCUGGAGAUCAUGCCGUACAGUGCGGUUCAGGCGAAACCCAUCGGCAAGAAGGUGCUGCUCACUUGCCGAGCCCAGGACAACAAAGGCCUCUUCAGCAACCAGCAGUGGCUGGACCCCCAGAACCGUACAAUCAGAAACGACAACGAACUGACAAGAAACCGAUUAUCAGUGGAGAAGAUGACACCUGACACCUUGGCUCUUAUAUUUACCUCUCUACAGGAGUCUGAGGCGGGCACCUAUACAUGCUCAGCCGUUUAUGCAGGCACCCAAACUAUCUCCAAGUCUGUGCGGAUAGACACCAUAUAUGCCAUAUCGUGGAUAGAUGCACCUCAGGAGCAGUUCCCUAUCCUGGGAACCAGGUACAAGGUGAAGUGCAAGGUCCAAGCGAACCCAUCACCGAUUGUCGACUGGCUGCGGAACGGCCAACAGAUCAUGGCCGGAACCAGUGAGCACUACGUCAUUGAUAUGGACGGGUUGGUCAUACAGAACGUGACGGAGGAGGACGAUGGGACUUACAUCUGCCGGGCGAUAGUUCUGGAUACAGGAGAGCUCAGCGAGCGCAACAUCAAAGUUGAGGUCCACACUGCCCCCACAUUUGACGAGAGGAUGCCGACCACUGUAGAGGUGGUGGAGGGGGAGUCAGCCAGUGUUACAUGUGUCGCCAAGGGCAAACCUAACCCUCAGUACUCUUGGAUACGUUCUAACAACGACCUCAACCUGGCCAGCAGUGACCGGUCUACUGUCAAUGAAAACACAGGUGUGUUGACAAUAACACGAGUAUCCAAGGAAGACAAUGGAGAGAUCAAGUGCAUGGCAAGAAACGCUGCAGGGACUAUGGAGAAGUCUGUCAACCUUGUGGUCAUCAUCAAGCCCCAAGUGAUGGACAUCCGGAAUAUCUCAGUGGCGGAGAAACGCGAGUCCAAGCUUGUGUGUCGAGCUACAGGCAACCCACUGCCCAGUGUCACCUUCUGGAAGAUUGGCAGCAACAGUGAGAUGGUGUCAGGGCUGCAGCCCACAGACGAUAGAGUUGUAGUAGACCAACGUGUUGUAGAAGGAGCGGCCGAAGCUACUCUCAUUAUUAACCCGCUUAUGAAAUCUGAUGAUGGACUCUACACCUGCAUAGCCAGGAACAAGGGAGGAGAAGCAAGGAAGAAUGGUCACCUCACUGUUGAGUAUUCUCCAUCCUUCGCCAACACACCGAUCAAGGAGGCUUGGUCGUGGAACAAAAACCCAGUGAAUCUCACAUGUCUGGCCGAAUCGAUACCAAAUGCAACGAUCACGUGGAAACUUAAUGAGCGAGACAUCCAAAAAGACCCCAACUUCAGAUACAAGGGCAAUGGCCCAAUAAGCUCUCUUUUGGUUACUCCAAUCGACAGUAGAUUUUAUGGAACAUACAAAUGUAUAGCCAGGAAUGUUCAUGGAGAAGUGUUCCACUUAAUCUCCUUGUCUGAGGCGCACGUGCCUACAGAGGUGCUUCAAGCUGUGUUGGACGUUAUAACAGCAACAACAAUCACAUUUUCAUUCAAAGGCCCCUCAUCGACUGGAGGGCGUCCUCUCAAAGCGUACCAAGUGGAGUACAAGGAUGAAAUCAAACAGUGGAAAGAAGCCAAAAACAAAACUUGGGCCAUUAAUUCCCCUUACAUUCUGGAGGGCCUGAUGCCUCAGACUACCUACAACUUCAGGUUUGCUGCUGUAAAUGAUGUGGGGUCCAGCAACUGGGCUGCUCACCAGACGGUUGUCAUGCCCAAAAGGUCAUUUCCUGAGGAGCCCAAGAUCCUCAACCCCACACUGGCAGAAGAGAAGUACGCUGUGAGCCCAUACCAUGACAGAUUCGAGCUGUCGUGGAGGAUACCCCCAGACAACGGCGAACCUAUCGACAGAUACGACAUCAAAUUCUGUCAGGUCAAGAAAGUGAACAACGAGUGGGUAGAGACAGACGAUACCUGUACGACCUUGGAGCACAGAUCUCUAGAGGUGACUUCAUACGAGUUACAGUACCUUACGGCAGACACCUUCUACAAGGUGGAAAUCAGGGCUCACAACAUCAUCGGCUUCAGUGUUCCAGGCCAAAUUGUCAUCAAGACAGCAAGAGGUGGGGAUCCAAAUUCAUUCAAGCAUGAUCCCAACCACCUGAGCAGUAGCAUCAUCAUCGCCAUCGUUGUGGCAGCACUGCUAAUCAUUCUAGUCAUCGUUGAUAUCUCAUGCUUCUUUGUCAAUGACACAGGUUUAUUGUAUCUAAUGUGCGGAAAAGAGAAACGGAACUCUAACGAUGAUGAUGCAAAACUGGGAAGCCUCUAUAGCUGGCGGUUCCCCUUGCCCUACUGCAGUAACGCCUCCGCCAGUAGCAGCACUCAGAGCAACCACUCGGGCUCUGAGGUGGAGAAAAUCCCGUUGCCACCCGAUGUGAACUUUGUCUUUGAAGGCAAGGAGCUACUAAACAACGGCCAUAGAGACCUCAAAGUGCAGAUAGAAUCAGCUCCAAUGUUAGAAAAAAAUAAAAAAGAUACCACGGUGGAAUUUGAUCUGAAAAAAGCCACAUCCAAAACAAGUUUUGUGGGUAAGGAUUCGGCAGUUUGAGAAGACCCACCUGAUCAUGCCUUGUCUUUCAUCCCCGGACCUGGCAGCUAGACUUGUAUAGAGCGUGUGGCUGUUGCCUGCUUGUGUUAAGCUUUUGUAUAGACUCUAGUGACUGUUUACUUACUAACUCAAUUAGCUCCGGUCAUGUAUGGAUGAGAACUGACACGUACAACUCAGCUUUAUACGAAUAAGUCAAGUUCACAUUUUAGACCCACUCAAAUCUCUUAUAAUUUACUAAAAUAUAAUAUUGAAUUCUCAUAGUUAAAAUUCCAUUUGAAUCAUCCUAAUUCUGUAUAUGAAUCGGUUUGCAUUUAUUAUUUUUAUUUCUGUCAGUUUAUUUAAUGUUGCAUUUCUCUAAGUCUGAUUGAAACUGGCAUUUUAAUUUCUGUAUUAAAUAAAAUUAUGUUUAGUUAAUUAGUCAGUUGUUUGCACACAAUUAUCAUUUGACUCUAGAAAUAGAGACUUGGCAUUUAUUUAGUUUUUCUGCAUUUAAAAUAGCAUCCUUUGUUUGUUAAACAUACUUAAUUUAGUAAUAGUCAAAUAAUUUUAAUUUUAGUGUAAUUUUGUGAUCUGUAAAGUUAAAUUUAUAGUUUAGAUAACACUACAAAGUACAUAGUAUUUUAUGUAAUUAAUUUUGUGUUGUAUAAGGCAUUAAAGCUGUUAGCUUAGAUUAACAAUUUCCUCAAAGGAAUAGACAGAAAGCUGAAAUACAGAAUUUUUAGAGUUAACUGCUGUAUUUUUAUAUAAAAAAUUAAAUUCAAUAUAUUAUUAUUUACUACAUAUAUUCAAAUAAUUAAAAGUGUUUAAUAACUGUGUGCUUAAUUACAAAAUAUUGUAAUUCUGAUUUUAAAUAGUGAAAUAUUUUAAUAGUAAUUUAACAAAAUCUGUACAUUCUAAUGUUGUAUUAGAAAGAAUGAUAUGGACUUCUAUCAAUCUAGUUCUGUUACUUCAAUUUUCAACAUUUUACUUAUUUCAUUUAUCUUUCAGUUGGGAGUGCCGAUUGCCAAGCAUUCUAAGAUGUAGGACUUUGAAUCUGAGGUUGAGAUAGUGCGGGAUCAUUUCUUGUUUGUGAUCUUGCCCUUCUUAUCAGUACCAUCCACCUUGUACUGUAUCGACUCUCCCCCUUAUUCUGUUGCCAUGAGGAUGGACAGAAUAAGAACAAAAAAAAAAAACCUCUCCUUUGUAUUAAAAUAAAGUCUGACAAAACCAGUUGUUCUGUCUGUUCCCCCCUAACACAUUGUACAUACCAUACCACAGGGCCUACCAUCUCUUGACAAUAAAUCUCUGAAACAGUUUUAUUAUGUUCAUGUUAGGUUGAAAAUGCUGUGAUUGUUGUUUUACGGAACGAAGACAGUUCGCUCGCUUAGUGUGCUUUUUCGGACUUGACUCUGCCUUAUGUUAAGACUGAAUGUUUCAUGUGUACUUAUUACCGCAUGCUGGACGACUAUAUCUUGAUGUGUAGAAAGACAGUUCAUUUUUAUUAGUUUCCUUAUAACUUCCCGAUUUAACUCAUUAAAAAAUCCAACUAAAACGUAGUAACUUCUGUUGUAUUAAUAUUCAUACAAAUAUUUUUAAAUAGUAAACAAAAAAAUGUAUUUGUUUAGUGGAAUAAUUAAAUGUUAUCACCAUAUCCUUUAAAUGGCAUACAAGUUGACAAAUACAGAAUACUAUGUACCCUAAAUACUUGUAGAAAGAUCCAGUAUUAACAUUUUCUUCGGAAUUGAUAGGUUACGUAAAUAAUGAAAAUUGUAUUAUUUGUUUGGCUUUAUUAAUGUUUAAAUUUCUUAUUAUUUAAUGUAAGGUUGUCACUGAUUAAUUACAAACUUAUAGAAAUGUAACUAAAAACUAUUUGAAAAUUUAGUAUGUUUGUUAAUUCCUUGGUAAAAUUAAAAUGUCAAAUGUAUGCAAUCAUUCAAGAAACCUGUUAAAUUUUUUUUAAUUAGAAAUAUUUGACAUUUCAGUAUUUGGUCUAUAUUUGUUGAUGGUUUCAGUUAUGGAUGUUCUGGCCACAAUAUAACAGCAUACGUUUGUCAGUGUGUACUUCUCUGAAGGUCAACUCUAACUGGUGUUAACUGCAUUUGCACAAUCAAACAGAAAAACUGUUGUGUAGGGACUUUGUUUCGUUGUCAGUAUAGUUGCCGGUGUGUGGUUGCUGUGUAUAUAUACCUGUACUCCAGAAGACGUGAGAGUGAUAUCCCCUCACCCCAGGAUGUGGUCGGUUCUUUGCCGAAAUGGUUAGUUUGUCUUACCAACUGCGAUGAUAAUUUUAAUAUCAAUCAAGUUGUAGUGAUGUCCCACAAAUUCUAGGAAUAAUAAAUCAUCAAGUGUACUUUGAGUUAUUAUAUGUAACUAAUUCAUCAAUAUUUCCAUGUCAAAUUGUGGAUCAAGUAUACAUGAAAAACCAAGGGGCAUCACUGUUAAGUAUUACUUCUACCUUUUGUAAAUUAAUUCCGUCUCUUUUAGGUUCAAUUAGAUCAAAUAGUGUUAAUAUGUAGUGUAGUUUUAAAUAUAUAUUUAUAAGAUGACAAUGUAUAAUUUUGUAACUCCAGAUAAAAUUUGUCAGAUGUUGCUUUUGUAUUGUACCUGCUCAUGUGCACCUGCUCUUUGUUGUUCAGUUGGCAAAGAAAAGCUCUCUCCAUCUCUUUAUUUUCAGUUGCAAAUCUGAAUUUUUUUGAAGAUACAUUAUGUCUGUUAUUUAAUAAAGUACCUCCUGUAUUAAGAUGUACUAUUUAUAUCUACUUAUUAUUGUAAAAAUCUUUUUAUGUCUUUGAUAAAGAAAUAUAUUAAAACAAAAACAAA